GUCCGCCAUACACUUGUACCGGGACUGCACGGCUGCAAUUUCUCCGCACAGGAACGCACGCGCGAGGCGCUCGUGGCGCAUCAUAUCACAGGAGCAGCAAACAUUAACCGAGCGGUUAAAGUCACCGAGCUCGAGUCCACAGUUCGACAAAGACUGUAGAGAUGGCUGAGGACAUUAAGGCCAAACUGGAGAACUACCGCACAGCUCCCUUUGACGCCAGAUUCCCCAACCAGAACCAGACCAGGAACUGCUGGUCCAACUAUUUGGACUACCACCGCUGUCAGAAAGCCCUGACUGCUAAAGGAGCAGACCUCACCCCUUGUGAAUGGUACAAGAGGGUCUACACAUCCAUCUGCCCCAUGUCAUGGGUGGAGAAAUGGGAUGAGCAGAGAGAAGAGGGGACCUUCCCAGGAAAAAUCUGAGCCCACCGUCCCCAAAGCUGUUUGAUACAAAGAUGUAAUCAGCUAAAUGUUUGUAAAAAGUGAUGCUCUCGUCACCUUUUCCACUUCUAAAGCUCUGUCCGAGGAGCAGAUUGAAACGGAAUGGUCAUUCCUUACAAAUACAAUGGAUAUACUGCAGAUUGUGCAUUAAAAAUUCUCAGGAUGUAUUUAUGGCGCUCA